AUGCGUUUGAUUCUGUGCCUUUAUCUCGUCACCUGGGUAAGCGAAGCCAAGGUCAUCGACGAUCUUCCACAUUGCUCCAGAAGUACUGUGAUGGAAGGAGAGAUUCGUGAGUACGAUAACAUGGGCAGGCCUAAGAUCUAUAGUUCUGUACAAUUAUCGAUGGCUUUGCAUGAGUUGUCAUGCAUGACAAUGAAGAUGAAUGGCAGCGAUUCCUCAAUAUUGCACACUUUGGAAUUUUUACGGUUAGAACAACAUCACCCCGUUUCAGGAAUCUACCAGUUUGGGAUUCCGAAAAUCACAUCGGCAUGCAUUUGUGACUGUGCCGGAGGUGAUGCGCCGUGCAAAAUUGAGCAGUAUAAUUACAAAAACUGCUCAUCUGGUGCACUUUGCUACCGCACCUAUCACCCUGUCCAAACCAAUGUCGGAUGCAUAGGAGAACAGAAAAGUGAAACAUGUUGUGAACUACGUAUUGAACCCUACAAAGACUGGAUUUUCACUGCGAUCAAGAUCGGUCAACCAGCUACAAUACUCGUUUUUCGGUAUAGCAUCUACGAUCGCUUUAACAAACGUUGGCGUAAAGCUUCUGAGGAAGUCGUCGAGGUGCCCUUGAAUAGAGGGCUUUCAAAAUUCGACUUCAAUGGAAGGAAUAAAAUUGAAAUGGUUGUGACAGGCAGCCGACCAAACAGAGAGCUUCAGCCAGGGAUGUACUUCGUCAGAGAAGGGACCCAUGAGAUUCGAGGCUAUGUGCCUAUCAAUGAAGUUGGAGAAAGUAACUUGGAGAAAUUAGGAUGGAUGAGAUUCUCUGAAGGACGAUGGGAUAUUAGGAAUGGAAAUGUGAAGAUCAAGCAAGCGCAUCACGUGAAUGUAGCUGAUUGUAAGCAACAAGAUUAUACAUCUACCAUAAAUGGAGAACAAAUGGUACUCGUCUCUGGAGAAGACGUCGUGGAGAGCUUUGACUUGGGUAGAGCACUAACAAGUGAUCCUUGGAUCGAAACGGCUGUGUAUCAAGGUCGAGACGUACGAGUAGAGCAUGCUGAGGGGACCAGCAUUACGGUUUACAUGACCUCGGAGACUCGACCACACAUGCUGCGUCACAUUUCUCAAAUGGAAUCUUUCGAUGGAAUCAUACAAGUUGAUCGCGACAGUAAUCGCUAUCUAAACAUCUCUUUUCUCGGAACGAAAGGUACAUUGAUUGGAAAUAUUUUUUCUUCAGAGAAGAAAGAUCAGAUCGAUAUGGCUUUUUCUGUGCAGGUGGAAGGUUCGAAACUUCGCGACUAUAGAUCUAUCAUUUCUAUACCUUCAUCAGUAAAUAGCAGUAGAUACGUGUGUUUCCAUCCAUCAGGAGAUCUGGAAGGAGAGUUGUGUAAAUGGUUCAGGUAUGAAGCACAACGACUCAACAGCUAUCGCGUUGCUCACAGAUGGCAAAGCGGCAAAGGCGAGUGUGCUGGGUAA